CGACAUAAAAUUUUCCAACGAGGUCGUCCAAGUAUUCUUCAUUUUCGGUGGGCAAGGUGCAACAGAAUCAAAACUGUAUCGGCACGCGAGUACGAGUACUUAGUGCGGAAUCAAAACGAUACACAAAAAAUGCGCAUCGGACCCAUCGAAACAUAUAGAUCAUAUCUAUCGCUCAGAUCGGAAUUUGAGAAGCACAAGGACACAAACAGCUCCUCAGUCGUCCCGAUUCACCCUGAUUUGUAGGGGGGCGAUUGGACGCAAGAACAGAACGGAACUUGAUAGAAUCGAAUCUUAUAAAAGUCGCCUGCUUUACAGACAUCACUGAACACAAGUGGAAAUCAAUUUGUCAAUAACACUGCACUCCACAACAGCGACGACUAUCUGCCUCGAAAGGAACGAAAAUUCUUGUUUGAAGUGACACAAAGCCAUCUCUCGUUUGUACAAUGAGCCCUCGCAACUUUUUCACUAGAAAGGCAGACCGACGCCAAUCAAAAAACCUGCAAGAACCAUAUGAUCGCAUAACGGUCACAACACAAAGCACGGAGCAAUACUAUGGCGGUCACAACAGCACUAGUGACGUCGACAAACCAAGCAAAACGGACACGGGAACGAGUUUUGCCUCGUCCACCGCCUCCACGACAAGUAGUGGUUCGGAUUCGAUCGCGUCCUCGGAAGCAUCGGCCAAGGGACUCGACCCUGACGAUCUCUUGCGCCUCCACAUAAAGGGUCCCGGUAGUCGGUAUCGAAACCGUCGGGAACCGGAACCAAAGCUAGUCCAAGCACAAAUCCAUAAGAGCUGCAACAAUGACAACGACGACAACAGAAACAAGGAAAAGAAUUCCCCGGUGCGCCUCAGUAUCGAGGUCGUCCUCGACGAACACAGGAAGAAAAUGAAAGCACGAGAUCAAAGCGAGGCGGGCAAUCGGGGUGCCUCCCGCCGGCAAUCUUCUCAUGGAAAGGGGAUGACGAAGGACGAAGAAACAGCGUUGGCUAGGUAUACUCAUAGUCCAAAGCAACAAGAUACCAGCCCCAGCGGUUUUGCUAUGGGCCGUCUCAAGAUGUUGAACUGCUUCCUAAUGAAUGAAGAAAAACAGCAGAAUGAUGCGGAUUGUUUUGGAUCGGCAUUUCCCGGACAGCCCGACCGCUACGAUUUCAUUUCAAACGAUGCCGAUACGUAUGGGGAAGGAAAUAGCCUGGCCGCGAGUAUUAGUGUCGCCGAAGCCUCCCCAAGUUCUUCCAAAAGAAGCACGCGUCGAAGAUGGAGAAGAUUGAAAAAAAACAAUCCAAGGAAGAACAAUGCAGACGAAAUUGUAACCGGCGGCACAAAAGCAGACGAAGACGAAUCGAAGGCCUCGCCCACCCAAAACAAAGAAAAUUUCAAACUCUCUGUCACCGACAUCCAAGAAGAGUUGGAACGACGAGACACACUUGCGGAUCUUCCGGAGAAACACUUUCUGCUGUGCGAACAACGGCAGCAACAGCCUGUGCAAAGCCAAAGCCUUCCUUCAUCACAGACAAGCGAAAAGGAGAAGUCUUCAACAUCCCCCCUGAAGGACGUCUUGCUUCUGACCAAGAAUGAAUCACCAUCCAGUUCGUUGAAAAAGCCAAAGGAGCUCAAGUCGCUGCCGCCAUCAUCUUCUUCGGUGAUAUCGUCACUGACAAUGGACACAGAUCUGCGGCGGCAUGAUGAUGCACAGCUGCAGCAGCAGAAAAAUAAAGGUAUAACGCAGGCCCAGCUGGAACGCGAACACAAGUUCCGUUCGGAAUCCACUACAUCUACAGAACCUUCUGUGAUUAUCACUGGUAGUAAUAAAGAGGGAUUCCAACAGCGUAUCUCAGAGACCACGUCGGUGGUUCAGUGUGGGACCACAUCCUGGCGAUCUUCCCAAUCAAAAACAAAAAAAUCAUCUGCCAGAAGAAAAUCGAAGGGCAUGAAUCGGAAUCUGGGGCAACACUCCACUGAUUCCGCCGCUUGGAUGAUACAUCACAUCCUCGGUGGCAGCGAAACCAAUGCCAUGGCACGUAGACCAACUAGAAAAUCAUUUCCCGUCAACCCAGAUGAUUAUUCCACUGCAACUCCUACUUCCAACGGCACUGGCGAUUAUUCCACGGCCUAUGACAAGUCCGUCCUAACGGGAAAUAGUGGUACAAACAGCGUCAGCAGCAACACCACUACAAGUUUGGUCAAUGUCGCCGAGAUGGUAGCACGUCGACGGCAAUUGCGGAAAGAGGCGGAGGGUGUCCAGAUUGUUCCACGGUGCCACUUUUGUGGCGGCGGCCACUGGAUCUACAACUGCCCUCACAUGAAUGCCGUCGAUGAGCGGUACUGGUGCAACAACCUGCUUGGUGACGAAAGCGACACCGAGAUUGACGACAGUACCAUCGGAACCCGAACCACGAGCGCCGGGUUCGAAAUUGGUGACGAUGAUGGAGAGGUUACGACUCAAAUGCUGAUGGUGAAUCCCAAUUUCCGCUGUAACACCGAUAGCGCUCUGAACUGUUUCAAAAGCGAGUAAAAACAGUUCAGUGCCAUGGUGGGAACGUGUAUGGAAUGCAGCAUAAUGCAAGCAAUAGACAUGAUUUUGCAAU